AACCAGCAAAUAUACUUUCCUUUUCCACCCUCUCUAUUUUUGUUUUAUUUUAUUCAAUUUGAUCAUCUUCUUCUCAUGGCGUCCGAUAAUCCUAUGGACAAGAACACCGUUUUCAGAAAACUCAGCGAAUCCGAUAACAAGAUGUGUUUUGAUUGCAAUGCGAAGAACCACUGGGCGUCGGUAACGUACGGGAUCUUUCUAUGCAUCGAUUGCUCUGCUGUUCACCGGAGUCUCGGUGUACACAUCAGCUUCGUUAGGUCGACAAAUUUAGACUCAUGGAGUACUGAGCAGUUGAAAACGAUGAUGUUUGGAGGUAACAACCGUGCACAGGCUUUUUUUAAGCAGCAUGGAUGGAAUGGUGGGGGCAAAAUUGAGGCCAAGUAUACUUCAAGAGCUGCUGAGAUGUACAAGCAGAUACUUGCGAAAGAAGUUGCUAAAAGUAUGGCAGAAGAGGUGGGUUUACCAUCAUCACCUGUUGCUUCUCAGUUGGCACAAGCAGCUAAUGGACUUUCAGAUGUUAAGAUCCUGGAAGAUCCAAAAGAAAGUUGUAUAGGAAGGCAAGAAAGUCAUGUGGGAAAGCAAGAAAUUCAUGAUGUCCCUGUUUCACCAAAAGUUUCUCAUACAGUUGUUGCCAGUACUGUCAAAAAGCCUCUUGGUGCGAAGAGAACAGGGAAGACUAGUGGCCUUGGUGCACGAAAGCUUACUACAAAGACAAGUGAAAGUCUCUAUGACCAGAAACCUGAAGAACCAACUGUCCCAGUUGCCACAUCAACUAGCAACACUCCGCCUGCUGGUUCGUCUUUUGCAUCUCGCUUCGAGUAUGUGGAAAAUGUCCAAUCUGCUGAGUUGAGUUCUGGUGGCCCUCAAGUGCUUAGCCAUGUAGCUCCACCAAAGUCAACAAGCUUCUUUGCAGAUUAUGGAAUGGACAAUGGUUUUCAAAAGAAAGCUAGUUCCUCAAAAGUGCAGAUUCAAGAAACUGAUGAAGCAAGGAAGAAGUUCUCAAAUGCAAAAGCUAUAUCAUCAGCCCAAUUUUUUGGGGAUCAAAGCAAAGCUAUGGACCUUGAUUCUCAAGUUACUUUGCAGAAGUUCUCUAGUUCAUCGGCAAUCUCUAGUGCUGAUCUUUUUGGUCACGAUGCUGAUAAUUCCUCUAUUGACCUUGCUGCUAGUGACCUCAUCAAUCGACUCUCAUUCCAGGCACAACAAGACAUCUCCUCCCUUAAGAACAUUGCCGGAGAGACUGGGAAGAAGCUAAGCUCCUUGGCAUCCAGUUUAAUGACAGAUCUUCAGGACAGAAUCCUCUAAUUAUGUAAUAGAUAUUGUCCUUGCUCAAAUAUAUCUGCAGUUUGUUACAUUACCAGCCAACUUCUUAUGUAGGGAAUGUAAAAUGAGUCGAUCAUACAAUUCUUUUUGAAGACAAAUAAAUUUUUAGAAC